ACCACGUGUGGCUCAUUCAUCGAUAAGCGCCUUCGAUAACGAUUUUUUUAAUAUCCCACCUCACGCGAGUGCGAUUGGAUUUCAUUAUAAUUUGGAAUUGGGAAUUGCGAAAAUAAUUGCAAACAUGGCCGAAUUAGACGAUUUCUUUGCGAAAAAGGACAAGAAGAAGUCAAAGAGCAAAGGUAAAUUUGUAACGGCCGACGAACUCGUCAAGAACUUGGAAGAGUGCACGAAACGUGAGGUGGCGGCGAACGCCGCUGCCAACCCAAAAAAAAUAUUUGAUGUCUCGGCAGCAGUGGCAGCGGCAGCGGCUGGCGGCGUGGCAGAAGUCAGUGAAAACGAGAGCAGCAUCAAAGUAAAGGAGACGGAGACGGUAAUCGAGCCGCAGCCCGUGGAGGAGGAGUGGAAAGAGUUUGAGCAGGAGCAGCGCAAGGACUACAGUGGUCUCAAAAUUGGCCAGCUAACGAUCAAUGAGAAGCAGCAGCAACAGCAACAUCAUCAUCAUCAACAACAUCAUCAUCAGCAACAACAACAGUUGGACGACAUGGACGAUGAUGAUGAUGAGGAUAGCGAUGGUUAUGCCAAUACCGAUCCAAAUGUGAAACGCAGCGGAUACGGUCCCUGGAAAAAGCUGAUACCUGCCGAGGAGGUGACUCAGAUACCGGUACCGGUUGAGGCGGAGAAGCCAUCGUCGAAUGUACGCUAUAUUAGUCCCGCGUUACGUCAAGCCGGCAUCGGAAUGAGCGGAAUAGGAGGCAGCAGUGGUGGCAUGCGGGCACGACGUGCUGCACCCGAUAUCACGAACACCGAGUUCUUCCCAACGCUGAGUGCAGCGCGUCCGGAGGAACAGCGCAAAAAGAAAAACGAACCCGCCUUCGAAGAAGUCCGUCAUGGCGGUCGCUAUCAGCGCGUGCAGGAGACAACCGCUGCGCCCGUUGCGGCCUCUAAUCGAUUCCAGUCGCUCGACGACGAAGCGGACAGCUAGACCUUGUCAUGUCAUGCCUGUUACUGAUCCUGUUGCUGCUGCCGAUACCGACACCACAAAAUAAAACCGUUUUCACCUAAUGUACUACGACAGUUGCCACUGCUAAACGAGCUCCAGGAUUGGCCACAGCUAGAAGCAUCUGGUCACCUGGUCCCGUCAUUCAGCUAACAAACAUUUCAAAUGAGUUCUUUCUCUGCGUACGCAUGUCAACUUUUUCUAGGCUUUCCGAUCUAAAACACCUUUAUAUACCACCCACCCCCCUUUCCUGCCCUAAACAAAAUAUUGUUCAUUUCGUUUGCAUUUUUUGAAAUAUGGAAUCAAUGUAAUAGAGAGUAUGAAUAAUAGCCAUGCGUUGAAAUCCGUUUAUAUAAA